UCACAGCCUUGCUGCUGAGGGCUGACGCAACUUGUGACAUGCAGCCUUUCCUCGCAGGUAGUGUUGCUGCUGAGGGCUGACACAACUCGUGCUACGCACCAUCUGUUGCUGAGUCCAGAGUUUGUUUUAAAAAGCAUCCCGUUUGCUGCCUGCCCAGGCGCGUCGCGUCCUCCCCGCUCCGGGAGGAGCGCUGUGCCUGAGGCCUGGCGCAACUCGUGGCACAUACCGUAACUUGAUUUGACUACAGAAUAUCGUGGGGCUGAUAAAGAUCUGCGCGGGCGUGGGGGCGUCCAAAUGGGCCAUGGCUCCAGGCAGUCCCGCUUCGGGGGCGUCCAUUGCCACCUUUUGCGGAUGUGGUUUUUUACAGGGCUCCGGAGACGUCCGUUCCCCGCUGCCCGGAGCUGCACCGGCUCUUGCAGAGCAGCUUGAGGGAGAGCCGCGAGCGCCGGGAGUUUGUGCCUGGGGAGAGGCAGGCUCUGGCCACGCGGGCUCCUGGCAGGGAGGGAGGAAGCAGGACGGCGACGGAAAGGAGCAGGGCGUGAAGGGGACGAGGCCUUUGGAGGGGUGACAAGGUGGUUCGGACCCUUGGGAAAGGGCCAGCGCGGUGUUGCAGAGGGAAAAUCCGGACGGCGUUUAGCGCUCCGCUUAUCGCAUCCGCUUGUGCUCGACUCCUCCAGGCUGCCUGUACAACAAGGGCGUUUCAGUAUUUCCCGGUAUCUGGAUACCGCCAGUUUCUUCAGUGGAGCCACAGGUCCCCUUUUAAUUAGCUUAAUUCUCCCAAUUCCAGGCUUGUUUUCCUUGGUCGCCUUUCGCAGACCCCGGGCGCUGGUGGGCCGCAGGCGUGAAGCUGCCGCUGGAGGGAACCGAGCUGUUCCCGGGCAGCCCCGCAGGUGGAACGGAGUUCAGCUCCGGCGGCCGGGCACAUUACAGCCGGGUCAUUAGUUCGGUUGUGCUCUCUAGGAACCUGCCCCCCUGCUCCGGGUGCAAAUCCCAGCAGAAGCGGCUUGGGGGAGGUUUGGGAAAGCUGCGAGCACACCGGGGCUUUCUGCUUUGCCAUCAGCAACCUUUGGCUGUGGUGGGACAGAAAGACCCAAACAGCGUUUAACCCUGCGGCAGCCGGGUCCGAUUAGCGUUUCAGCGUGCUGUUUGCCCAGAGUUUCGCUUUUAUGCCUGGCUGGGAGGUGUUUUCAAGUGCACUAAGAAGAUCAGAAAAUUCCUAGAUUGCUGCUUAGAAGCUUCUCUUUCCAGACAAGGUCGCGGCACUCAGCUCGGUCUGAGCUCGCCUGGCCGCCGCUUUCAAGGCGUUUUGGAGGUGAGUAGCCGUGACUCUCCUGACAGCCGGAUGCCUCUUGGAAAUUGCUGGCACGUCUUUUCCUGGGCGCUCGGCUCUCCCUGGCAGCAGCUUCCGUACUGCUUUGGAUGCUUCUCCAUAGCGUUAAGUUGUACGCUUUACAAAUGGGUCGUUUUACGGCAGCUGGUUGCUGCGGUGGAAAGCUCACUUGAAGUAAUUUUGCUAGACGGGUAGAGAUUGUUUCACUAAAGCAACAGGAACGCGGUACCCUCGUUUUUCCGAUCGAUUUUCCCGUCAGCAGGUGAAAUAACCUUUCCUGGAGUGCUCUGUUUCUCCGAAAUUUGCCCGUUUCUCAGCACUCAGUGAUCAGCUAUCACACUGUUUUUCCCAAACACAGUAUUAAUAAUGCUUGUGGUCGGCUCACACUAAUUACCUCCUCCUCCAGUGUCUUUUUGUACUUCUCUUCUUUGCUUAUAUCAGCCUGAAUUUUAAGGGGAGUUGUUUGUCAUCAGGAUUUUGUUGUGUUUUCAUUUGCUGAUCAGGCUCAUACCCUUGCUUAUUCUACCCUUAGUUUAAAAUUCCUUUUUCCUGCUGAUUGAAGCCGUCUCAGCCAGGACGAGAGCAGUCGGAUGCUCUGCAACCCGAUGAGCAAGUGGCUCAUUAGCGUUCUCAGACAAAGACACGGAAAAUCACAGUCUUUAUUUGCAGGUGGAAGUUGUUGCCCUGUAUUUUGCAUCUGAUAUUGAAUUGUGCCCACAGGCUCCGUGGGUACGGGCACGCUUCUGGAAACCGGCACCUGUGACUUACUUCCCUGGAUGCAAAGGGGAGCUCGGAAACUUUUCCCAAAUCCUGUUUGUUGCUGAGGAUACGGCUUUGGUCAUUGCUUAAUGUGGUGUUUCAUAGAGCUGGUACUUUCGAGGGAAAAGUGUCACUCCUGGAGUUAAUUUUCUCCUCUCUGGAAUAAGCCCAGGACUUGUAGGUCCUGGUGCUGUAAGGUGCUGCUUGCUCUGACUCACACGAUUGAGGUUUUUCAGGGUUAUGCCCAUCACAGAGCAGAAAUAAUGCAACAGCUAAACACAAUUUACAUUUCUGCAGCAGUUUUCCGUGUCUGCAGGUCCCCUGGAAAGGGCUGGAGGUGUGGAGCGCUCCGAACGUGGGUGAGGCGCUGAGGCAGGCCCGUCUCGUGCCCUCUGCAUAGCAGCAGAUAAGCCCUGGGCUCGCUUAUCUUCUCAGGGAGAUUUUGCCUUCGCUUUUCUUUUUCCCCUUGCACUGUUUCCUUGGGCUGUUUCUUCCUCAGCACGUCUUUUCCCAUAACGCGUGUUCCCGUCCCGGACGCUGCCCUUCUCUCUUGCAUUACUCACCGGGCCUCCUCUCCGCUUUCCCUCCUUGCCGUUUCCCUCCCUCGCCAUCGCUGCUGCCGUGUUUCGUUCCUCCCCCGGCUCGUCUAGCCGGCUCCGGGCUCCUGCUUCGCUCCCCGUUGAUCAGCACCUCCUUAACGCCGGGCCGCCGACUCGCGGUUAUCUGGGCUGCCGAUGAGCUCUUUGCGAGGGCAGAGCUGGCUCGGGCGUUCGGUUAAGGCUCUGUGCAAACACACUUGUGCCGUUUGCAGCACGGUUCAGUCCAGGAGCCGUCCAGCUGCUUUCCCACUAAUUACGCCGUGGACCCCGUGCGCGGACCCAGCUCGGAUGCCCGGACACGGCGUUCCCGCAGUUGUGGCUCCAGGGGGGGCUAAUGCUGAGCCGGAGCUACUCUUCUCAUCUGGCGGUAUGGGGGUACGUGCAUCUCCUGGCAUGCAAAUAGAGAAGGUUGGAGGGUGCUGUGCAUUGCUGUGAUAUCCACUGCGAGAAAUGGGUGAUAUAUCCAGUACCUGUUUGUAUCUAAGAAGGUGCAGAUGCUUCAGCAAGCCUGAGAUUGAUGGAGCCUUUAGUAGAAAUGUUGCUAUAUCGUGACACCGAGGUCUCUGGACCGCAGCGAUGAGGAAGCCUCGGAGGAGGUUGCGGCAGAACUUCGAGGGGAGACGCUCGCCCUCGCCCUACAGCCUCAAGUGCUCCCCAGCCCGGGAGACGCUCACGUACGCUCAGGCCCAGCGGAUAGUGGAAGUAGAUAUUGAUGGGCGGCUUCAUCGCAUCAGCAUCUACGAUCCCUUAAAAAUCAUCACCGAGGAUGAGUUGACCGCCCAGGACAUCACAGAGUGCAACAGCAACAAGGAAAACAGUGAGCAGCCCCUUUUCCCUUCCAAAUCCAAGAAAACACCUUCUAAAGGCAAGAAGAAGGAGUCGUGCUCCAAACAUGCACCAGGGGCAUCUUUACACUUACCCCAGCCCAACUUCCGUGUAGUGGACUCCCUUAGCCAGCUGGAUGCCCCUCCUCUCCCUGCUGCCUACUAUCGAUACAUUGAGAAGCCUCCUGAGGACCUCGAUGUAGAGGUGGAGUAUGACAUGGAUGAGGAGGAUCUGGCUUGGCUAGAAAUGGUCAAUGAGAAGAGAAGGGAUGAUGGCUAUGGGACAGUUUCUGCUGACACUUUUGAGCUGCUGGUGGACCGUCUGGAAAAGGAAUCAUACCUCGAGAGCCGGAACAACGGAGCUCAGCAGUCCCUGAUUGAUGAGGACGCCUUCUGCUGCGUUUGCAUGGACGAUGAGUGUCACAACAGCAACGUCAUCCUGUUCUGUGAUAUCUGUAAUUUGGCCGUGCACCAGGAGUGUUACGGAGUGCCCUAUAUCCCCGAAGGGCAGUGGCUUUGCCGCUGCUGCUUACAGUCCCCUUCUCGCCCUGUGGAUUGCGUCCUUUGUCCGAACAAAGGCGGAGCCUUCAAGCAGACCAGCGACGGUCGCUGGGCUCACGUGGUUUGUGCCAUCUGGAUCCCAGAGGUCUGCUUUGCAAACACUGUGUUUCUGGAGCCCAUUGAAGGCAUAACUAACAUCCCCCCUGCGCGCUGGAAGCUCACGUGCUACAUCUGCAAGCAGAAGGGCAUGGGAGCUGCUAUCCAGUGCCACAAGGUGAACUGUUACACUGCCUUCCACGUCACCUGUGCCCAGCGGGCUGGUCUCUUCAUGAAGAUUGAACCCAUGCGAGAGACCAGCAUCAACGGCACGACGUUCACAGUGCGCAAAACUGCCUAUUGUGAGAGUCAUUCCCCACCUGGGAUGGUGAAAAAAGGGUCUGUAGCUGCUGCCAGUGAGGGGGAGGAGGACAUUGUGAAGGAGGACAGAGAGGAGGAAGCCAAUUCUGGCCCUCCCAAAGGGUCCCUGAAAAAGAAUAAAGUGAAAUUGAAGCAGAAGAUCAAAAAGGAGCCCGGCGAUGUGACUGAUGGGCAUUCGUCCGCGCCCAUGGUGACAGUCGCACAGAUCCCUUCUUACAGGCUGAACAAAAUCUGCAGCGGCCUCUCUCUGCAGAGGAAGAACCAGUUCAUGCAGAGGCUCCACAACUACUGGCUGCUGAAGCGCCAGGCGAGGAACGGGGUGCCCCUGAUCCGGCGCCUGCACUCGCACCUCCAGUCGCAGAGGAACGCGGAGCAGAAGGAGCAAGAUGAGAAGACCAGUGCAGUGAAGGAAGAACUGAAGUACUGGCAAAAGCUGCGGCAUGACUUGGAGCGGGCACGGUUGCUCAUUGAGCUGAUCCGUAAGAGGGAAAAACUCAAACGGGAGCAGGUCAAGGUUCAGCAGGCUGCUAUGGAGCUACAGCUGACCCCUUUCAAUGUACUUCUGCGCACAACGCUGGACCUGCUGCAGGAGAAGGAUGCUGCCCAGAUCUUUGCCGAGCCCGUUAACCUGAACGAGGUUCCAGAUUACCUGGAAUUCAUUUCCAACCCAAUGGAUUUUUCCACCAUGAGGCGGAAGCUGGAGUCCCACCUGUACCGAACAUUGGAUGAGUUUGAGGAAGACUUUAACCUUAUAGUUACCAACUGCAUGAGGUAUAAUGCUAAAGACACGAUUUUCCACCGAGCAGCUGUCCGGCUCAGAGACCUCGGAGGGGCGAUAUUGCGUCAUGCACGGCGGCAGGCUGAAAACAUCGGCUUUGACACUGAUGUGGGGAUUCACCUGCCCGAGUCACCCAAAACCGAGGACUUUUACCGCUUUUCUUGGGAGGAUGUGGAUAACGUUCUCCUGCCUGAGAACCGGGCCCACCUCUCCUUGGAGGCGCAGCUGAAGGAGCUGCUGGAGAAGCUAGACAUGGUGAGCACCAUGCGGUCCAGCGGCGCCCGGACACGACGCAUCCGCCUCCUGAGACGGGAGAUCAACUCCCUUCGGCAAAAGCUGGCCCAGCAGCAGAACAAGACCAUGCCCAACGGCGAGCCUGUGUCGCGGGAAGACGGGCCGGAUAAAACAUCAAGGGAAGGAGACGAGGAAGGGGAGAAAGAUGAUGCCAAGCCCCGGCACCCUCCCACGCUGGAGCCCACGGGACCCGCACCCUCGCUCUCGGAGCUGGACUCCCUGCAGGACCCGCCAACGCUCAAGCCCAUCAGCGAGAGCAAGUCCUUGGCCCCGCUGCCGAAGCGGGUGGUGGCGGACAGGGAGCUCUUCGACAAGAAGGCGCUGCAGCGGGAGAGCCACGUUUUCCAGCGCUUGCUCAGCGACAACGGCCUGAACGGACUGGCCUUGCAGGCCCCGGACGCCCCCACCAGCCCCCCCUUCAGCGGCGUGGGCCGCCGGACAUCCGUCCUUUUCAAAAAAGCCAAGAACGGGGUGAAGCUGCAGAGAAGCCUGGAGUGCUCCCUGGAGAAUGGGGAGGAGCACGGUCAGAGCGGGCAGCUUUCUCCCUCCCGCCCGGAGGCCGAGCGACACGGUCGGAAACGGCCACGGAGCAGGAGCUGCAGCGAGAGCGACAGCGAGAAAUCACCCAGGCGGGCGGGCCAGAGAGGAGUGACCAACGGCUUUGGGAAGCACACGGAAAGCGGCUCGGACUCCGAGUGCAGCUCUGGCCUGGGCACCGGGCUGGUGCUUGAAGCCUGCAGUGGUUUGAUGCCCCCCAAGCGAAGUCGAGGGAAGCCAGCUCUCUCACGGGUGCCCUUCUUGGAAGGUGUGAAUGGCGACUCCGACUACAGCGGCUCAGGCAGGACUCUCCUGAUGUCCUUUGAGAGCCAGGCUGAGCUGGAGCCCUUGGAGCUCGUGUGGGCCAAGUGCCGCGGCUAUCCCUCCUAUCCUGCCUUGAUAAUCGAUCCCAAGAUGCCGCGUGAGGGUCUGCUCCACAACGGAGUGCCCAUCCCCGUCCCACCCAUGGACGUGUUGAAGUUGGGGGAGCAGAGGCAGACGGAGGCAGGCGAGAAGCUCUUCCUUGUCCUCUUCUUUGACAACAAGAGAACCUGGCAGUGGCUUCCGCGCGACAAGGUCUACCCCCUCGGCGUGGACGACACGGUGGACAAGCUGAAGAUGCUGGAAGGCCGCAAAACCAGCAUCCGCAAGUCUGUCCAGGUGGCCUACGACCGCGCCAUGAUUCACCUGAGCCGCGUGCGGGGGGAUCAUCCCUUCGUUACGUCCAACUAUCUGUAGGGGCCGGGGGCGGAGUUGCUCGCCCUCCCUUUUCCCUCCGAGCCGUUGCCAGCAGCCGUCGGCGCUCCUCGAAGCACCCUGCUACGUGCCAAAAAAAAGCCUGUCCAGCUUCUUUCUGAAUGUGUCGCCGAAGAGCUGGCAGCAGCCUGAAGUGUCCAGUCCCCGGGGCCGGGAGCGAGACGGUAGGAAGAGCCGCCGGGGGACGGUGGCGCUCGGGCCGGGGAUUUCGGUCAUUCCCGGGAGCCCGGUGCCGCCGUAAACGAACCGGGAUCCUUUAGCGAAUCUCCACCUGGACUUUCUCGUGCCAAAUUUACCCUGACCGUCAUGGGCCUUUUGAGUUUAUUUUUUUAAAUGACAUUGAUUGUCCCGCCACCUUUGGAGACCCGUAGCCGGGCGUGCGCGCUGCCGCCUCCCUGCCUGCCUACGGGCCGUUUUCACAUCAGCUCUCGCGCUGCGUUUGGAGCAGAUCUGAGAUAUUUUGGUAACCUUCCCCUCCGCUGCACACACUCACUUACAUGCACAGAUGCACAGAGCUUUAAAUAUGAAAGACGAAUUACCUGUUGUUUUUUUUCUUUUGUGUGUGUGUGCACGCGUAUGUCCUAGGAAUUUAUUUGCUAGUUUUGCAUUUAAAUCCUGAUUUCUGUGACUAUGCCUGUUCCGGUAACAUUUCAUAUCAUGCUUUAGUGCAGUAUUGAGUCCAAGCAAAGAUAACUUCCUUUUUUUUUUUAAUUUAAGAAACAAAACUAACUUUGGAGGUGUCUGAGGAGCUGGAGCAGCUUUGCAGGCACUGAGGUUGAUCAGGGUUGGAGGGAGAUGCAUCUUCUGUGUCGUUUUAUGCACAUUUGGUGUAAGGCUCCUCUUCCUUUCUUCCCUUUUUUUUUUUUUUCUGUCUCUUUUAACGUUUUCCUCCGGCUCGGUUUGGGUUGAAACCAAGCGCUAACUAGAGCACACAACCAUUUUGCCUUUUCACCUCCUCUCGCACCCGCAUGCCCCUUCCCUGGUGUGGGGGUCUCCAGCUUUGUCCUCCAUCAGAAGCAAACAAAUCCGGCUCUGCGGAUAAUCCCUGGGUUUUUUGGGGGUUGCAUCGCAAAAAACAGGGACAGCCGAUGUUGGGAAACUGGUGAGGAAAGCUUUUCUAUUAGCCAAGGACUUAUAAUUUCUUGGAGCUCUUCUGUUGUUUCUCCCUUUUUGCUUUUCCAUUUUAAGAACCAAAGGUGCAGAGCAAGAUUGUAGAUUGAAUAUCAUCAUUUCGCUUUUUAACUCAGUAUUUUUUUAUUAUUUUAACUUUUUCAUACUAAAGAGAAUGUUGGGUCAAAAAUAAUAAUAAUAAUAAUUAAUAAUAAUGAAUAGUGGGGAGUAAUCACUGCCAUUUCUACUUGGUCUACUUUUUUAAAAUACCACUUCUUAUACAUUGGGACAUGGAACCACACUUUAAGGAAGAUACCUGUAACAUAUAGAGAUGGGGCAUAGGAUUUUGUAAAAAUAAUAAUAAUAAUAAUAAUGAUGCCUAUGGAGUGUGGCUGGGGAAGGACGUUGUGUACAUAGUUGUAAAAUAUUGUUCUAAAUUAUUUAGACCUAUUGUCACCAUUCUUGAAGUCCUCAGUUGUGUUGCUGGGUCUUUUAUAUGCACACAGUGUAAUUUAUUUAAAGGAACAUACACUUUUCCAGGUGGUAGCUCAGCUGUGGACUUGUGACCUGUGUAUAUGUUUUAAGAUCUCGGGAAUUUGGGGGUUUUGAUUUUUUUUUUGUUUGUUUUUGUUUUUUUAAUAUUUUAGAAUUUGAAUUGGCUAAUAUCCUGCUGUUGCUACGGGACCUAAACGUUACUGUCAGUCUGCUGUAAAGCACAGAUCGCUCUAUUUAUUGUAGAAAGUGAGUUUAUUUGCUUUCUAGAAUUGUUUAUAUCAGAUGGUAUAAGAGAGGUAAUAAGAAAAAUCUAUGCUUGUAAAGAAAAAAAAAAUGCUAAUUUUACCUACUAUAAUCUGACUGUCUGAGACUAUAUUUUCUCUCUGAGAAAUAAAUGUUCUAAUGUAAAAAAAAAAA